CACAGGCAUCAGGAUCCUGACUUAUCUGAUUGUGAAGCCUCAAACGUAUGCUCAUUCUCAGCUUCAAGAAUUUCUCAACAUGGCAAUGGAGAAGCCUUUAAAAUUUGAGCUGAAGGAAAUUCAACAGUAUGUAGUGGAUGUGACACUGGAUCCUGAUACAGCAAAUUCUAAACUCCUCCUUUCUGAUGAUCAGAAACAAGUGAGCCAUGAAGGAAAGCGACAGAUUCUCCCAGAUAACCCAGAGAGAUUUGAUCGUUUUCCUAGUGUACUGGGAAAAGAGGGCUUCUCCUCUGGGAGAUUUUACUACGAAGUGCUGGUCAGUGGGAAGACAAAGUGGAUGUUAGGAGUGGCUCAAGAGUCCAUUACAAGGAAAGGAAGCGUUACUGCAUGUCCGGAAAAUGGAUACUGGACCGUGUGUCUGAGAAAUAAGACUAAAUACGAGGCUUGUGAAUCUCCUCAUGUUCGCCUUUCCUUGAAACAGGCUCCUCAGAAGAUCGGGGUGUUUGUGGAUUAUGAGAAGGGUCUGGUCUCCUUCUAUGAUGUUGAUGCCAUGUCUCAUAUUUACUCUUUCACUGGUCAGUGUUUUACUGAUAAACUCUAUCCAAUCUUCUGCCCCUUCCUUAACGAUGGAGGUAGAAAUUCAGCACCACUGAUUAUCACGCCUGUUGAACGGACUGAGUGAACUUUAUUAUGUGAAGCCAAAAGUAUAGUACAAUCUUUUUGUUUCUUAUCCUUCAUGUAUUCGUUCUAAUAUGUUACCAUUACUAUAGUAACAACUUACACGUGGACCUGCAAUGGCAGACUGUCUACAUGAAUGGAUUUAAAAACAUUUAUCACAGUUUUUGCAUCGAUAUGGAGGUAAAUCUUUGUACCUUUGCAUAUCAUUUGUCGUAUUUUUAACCGUGAUGACAUAACAGCUUCAGAACAGUAGCCUGUAUGCAGGCAGAGCCUGUUGCUCUUGCUGCCUCGUAGUCACAUAAUUCACAUAGAUCUCAAUAUUUUCAAACAGUUCCUUGCUGUCAAGAUGUUUAAGAUGGGUUUAAGAUGGAAAGACAGCAGCAGUGACCCUAUUGGGGAAUGAUGGAAAGACAGCACUGAAGAGACUAAUACAUUUUUGAUAGAAUGGAUUGCUUGCAUACCGUUAAAUAAAUUUACCAAAUGUACACAUUAAUAUUUUCAUCAUGAUUCUAUGCACAUCAUAUAAAGACAUUCCCAUAAGCAUGCGCAAUAAGCAAAGUCAAUAUCAAUAAAAACAAGCAACUGCUCAAUUUAAUCCAAGAAAAAAGCUGGAUAAAUAUUUAAAAAUAAAAACGGCAAGCUAUUGUAUUCAGCAAAACUUUUUUUUUUUUUUUUUCCAUUUCAUUGUCUGUACCGCUUAUCCGAUCUAUCCUCGGGUUACAGGGAGCCUGUGCCUAUCUCAGGCGUCAUCAGGCAUCAAGGCAGGAUACACCCUGGACGGAGUGCCAACCCAUCGCAGGGCACACAUACUCAUUCACUCACGCAAUCACACACUACGGGCAAUUUAGAGACUCCAGUCAGCCUAGUAGCAUGUCUUUGGACUGUGGGAGGAAACCGGUCAACAAAACAUAUUAUUUAAUAAUAUAGGUUCAUAGAGAUGAUGGAUAAGUUUUCCUUGAAUAGUCGUUCUUCAUACAAACUCAUUCAACCUCCUACAAGGAGAUGCAUAUAUGCAGCUGCCAGUUUAUUAGGAACACCGAGCUAAAACUCAUCCAGUCCAACAGUCCUGCAAUAAAUCAUAUUGUUAUAACAUAUCCACAGUUACCCUGGUGAUGUGUGGAAUGAAUUAAACAAGAAACAACCUUAACAGACAUAAGCGAGUCAGGAUAUUUAGUUCAGCUAGCUACCGUAGUUCACUUAACAAAUCAAAUCACAGAACAUAAACUUAAUUGUUAAUUGCAAUUUAUUUUAAAUAAAUGCAGGACAUCUGAUGUUUGAUUUCAUAAGCUAUAUAUGGUCGAAAAGACAAUAAAAGCUUCCCAGGACUAGUCAAGUGUUGCUCAUGCUAGCUAACUGCAACCAGAUAUUAGAUAAAUAUAAACAUUAAUUAAGCUAGUUGCAUAAAAAUCUCAAAUCUCAGUCCCACAGAGUCUAUAGGUGUAUCACAGAUCUCAUUUCAGUGCCAUUGUAUACAGUAAGAUCA